UUGGUUUCAUUUUUGGGCAAGUGCCCGUCUAUCUUUUGGAAAUCGAAGUAGUCUAGGGUUUUCACGAAGCUUUACUCAUCAGAAUCCUUUCGUUUUCCUCCAAUUCAUGGAAGACCCGAAAGCAGAGAAUGUUACAAAUGCACGCACCCCUCCAGGGACGGAACAAACGACAGAUGAGAAGUAUCUAUCUGAUCCUGCAGAGACAGAGUUUGAGGCCGUCAGCAUUUCUCCGCGGGAGGAGACGUCAGUGAGAUCACCGUUGGUCGACUUACGAUUCCAUGCAACGCAGCCCUCGGAGGGUCAGGAAGUUUUUUUAGAGACUGCCACCCCGAGAGCUGACAUGCAUUCGCCGUCAUCUUUGGAAGACGAGCAAGCUCCUUUUUGUGAGGCCGUGCAGGCUGCCGCAGAGCCCCACAGAGUCUCUCAUGCGGAGGAAGAUGAAGUGCUGGCUUCUGAGAAAUCUUUCGUGUGUGUUGAACACAAUGGCCCAAUACUUUUGGAGGGAGGGGAAGCUUUAGUCCCUGAACCCGCUACACCGCCGCCGCAGGAAUACAUGGAAGCUUCCUUGGGGCCUGCACAAGGUGGAGCUGAACCUUAUGAUGGGUUCGUGAAGGGAGAGUUUGAUCCCGACCCUGUUUAUGAGGUUGUCUGUGACGAGGUUGCUGGACAUGAGAUUGUGAUGGCUGGAGAUCAGGUUAAGGCUGCUUGGGACGAGGUUACUGAAGAAGCAGUUGAGUCUGCUGGAGAGGGUGUUGAUGCCGCUGGUUCUGGAGAUGGAGUUGUUAUUUCUGAAAAUGAGUUCGCUGUAACAAUUGAUGUGAGAAGACGAGGUGCAAGGAGGCGAAAGCGGAGUCGUGCAUCCUCCAAGGUGCAGGGCACUAGGUUUCCUUCUCGAAAAAAGGUGGAGGAGGAAGUUUGCUUUAUAUGUUUUGAUGGUGGUGACUUGGUAGUUUGUGACAGGAGGGGUUGCCCAAAGGUAUAUCAUCCUUCCUGUGUCAAUCGUGAAGAAUCCUAUUUCCAGUCAAAGGGUCAGUGGAGUUGUGGGUGGCAUAUAUGCAGCAAAUGUCAGAAACCUGCAGGCUACAUGUGCUAUACCUGCACGUAUUCUUUAUGUAAAGCAUGUGUGAAUGAAGCAGAAUUUACAUGUGUUAGAGGGAAAAAAGGAUUUUGCCCAUCUUGCAUGGGUACAAUUUUGCUCAUGGAAACAAGCGAGAAUGCUGAUGAGAAGAAGGAUGGAGUAGAUUUUAAUGAUCGUAGCUGUUGGGAGUUCCUUUUCAAGGACUACUGGUUAGAGUUGAAAGGUAAGCUAUCACUGAACUUAGAUGAAAUAGCAAAGGCUAGAGUUGCAUCAAAGGUCUGUAGUAUAGACAUUGCGAAUGAGGAAUCUUCAGAUGAUGAACAAGGAGCCAGUUCAGACAGAUUCUCAGCUUGUCAAGAUGAAAGUAUUUUAUCAAAAAAGAAGUUGAACCUUUCAAGGACUCCCUGUGAGAUAUCCGGGAAAGACGUUCAAAUUGAAAGGAUGUCCCCGCCUGAAAGUACUUCCAGAAAGAGAAUGAAAAAGCAUUCAAGGAAUGCUAACAGUUUGAUAAAAGAGGAAAAGACUGAAUUCUCAACGGUUCACCAGGGGAGCCCCUUAUUGAUUAAGGUGAAAAAGAGGUCUAGAAAAACUGUCAAUGAGGAGGGCACAGCUAAUGAUACUGAAAGCGAGGUUCCUGCUUUUAAAAAAACUUCAAGAAAGAAACAUAAAAGGAAGUCAAGAAGAGCCGCUGAAGAGAACUUGCUUGGAGAUGUGGAUAAAGGACCAACAACUGCCCUUGAGGAUGAUAAUUGGGCUUCAAAGGAGCUAUUGGCUUUCGUGUCACAUGUGAAAAAUGGUGAUAAGGGUAUCCUUUCACAAUAUGACGUUCAAGAACUUCUACUUGAUUAUAUAAAGGUAAACAAACUUCGUGAUCCACGAAGAAGGAGCCAAAUCAUAUGUGAUAAAAUGCUACUAGCACUAUUUGGUAAAUCACGCGUUGGACACUUUGAAAUGCUGAAGCUUAUCGAGUCUCACUUUCUUAUUAAGGUCUCAUCACCCGAGUCAGAUGAAAAACAAGGAGGUGACACAAAUCUCAUUGAAAUGGGAAAUGAAGUAAUCAAUGAUUUGAUGAUUACAAAUAAAAGAUGUAUAACAUGGAAACGAGUGGAUAGCAAGCUACAAGCCAACUUUUAUGAUUAUGCAGCGAUUGAUGUUUACAACAUAAACAUGAUGUAUUUGCGACGUUCUUUGAUGGAAGAGCUUCUUGAUGACAUGAGCACCUUUAGUGAAAAGGUUUUUGGAUCAUUUGUGAGAAUUAGGGUCACUGCUUCUAGUCAAAAACAAGAAGUUUAUCGGUUAGUGCAAGUGGUUGGAUGCGGAAAAGCACCUGAGGAAUACAAAACGGGGAAAAGGGCGACAGAUGUGAUGCUUGAGAUUAUAAAUUUAGACAAGAAAGAAGUAAUAACUAUUGAUAUCAUUUCAAAUCAGGACUUCACAGAGGAGGAGUGCAAGCGCUUACGGCAGAGCAUAAAAUUUGGGUUUAUCAGUAGGCUGACAGUGGGAGAAGUUCAAGAAAAAGCGAGGGUUCUACAUGCUGUGAGGGUCAGUGAUCAUUUGGAAAGUGAAAAAUUACGGCUCACCCAUCUUCGUGAUCGUGCAAGUGAAAAGGGAAGAAAAAAGGAGCAUAGAGAAUGUGUAGAAAAGUUGCAGCUUCUUAACUCUCCUGAAGAGCAAAUGAAGAGGCUUGAAGCACCCGAUAUACAUGUUGACCCGAAGAUGGAUCCUAGCUAUGAGUCUCCUGAGGAAGAUGGAGAUGAAGAUGAAAAUAAAGAAGGUAAUCCGAUGGAACCUACCUUCAAGGGAAGGGAGUUAAUUUUCCCACAAAAAGAAGAUGGCUAUAAUUGGAGUGGAGCACCAAAGAGCUCCAACAAUGUCGAUGCAAUGGGUAGAGCUAGAUAUAAUACUGAUUUUCAGAGCAUGGAGCUACAAUCGACUAUGGAUGUAAGAGCAAGUGAGUUUCUUCCCCAAAAAAUAGAUGAGAAGAUUCAUGUAGAAACUCAAAAAAUCGAGUCAAAAGCACCUGCUGUUGAGCCUUUGUCAGAAAAUAAAGAACCUUUGAGGGAAUCGGUCGUCCAAAUUGAGCCUAAAUUGGAAACUUUACCCGCUAAAGUUGAUCCUCAAUCUAAUACCAUUGAGACUGAGAAGCUAUGGCACUAUAAAGAUCCAUCUGGAAAGAUUCAGGGGCCAUUCUCAAUGGUGCAGUUGAGGAAGUGGAGUAAACACUUCCCAUCUAACUUGGGAAUAUGGAGAAAAUGGGAAAGGCAAGAAGACUCCAUAUUGCUAACCGAUGCACUUGCUGGGAACUUUCAGAAGGACCUGCCUGCGUGGGUAGUUGAGGAUAUCAAGCCCACACAACUUGUGAAAACUAGUGAAACAACUUUAGUGGGGAAUUCAGCUGAUUUGAGCUCCAGUUCCCCUUCUAUCAUCAAUACGAGUAAAAUGCAUGGAACAGCUACUUCACUUUCGAUUUACAUAGAAAAAGGCAAUCAUUCGAAGUCUGAUUAUGCAGGUGUUCCUGCUGGCCAGUCUUCUCUCGGGUCACAUUUGGUGUAUCAAAAUACUGCUCCUCAGAAUGAUCAGUCUGUCAGUAUUGCUGCUUGCACUGAUUUAAUUGCCAACUUGGACAAUAAGCAUGGCACAGGAAACUCUGAUUUUUAUAAAACUUCUAUACAUGAACAGGUAGUGGUGAAUGCUGUAAAUUCUGAAUCGACUCAACAGGUAUCCUUUGACUUGCAUAAUCAGCCUGCAGUCAUUCCAUCUGAAAUGGAUCCGGGCAAGGAGUUUCUUGAACAACCUGGCACAACUCCUGGAAGAACCACUUUAUCCAUGCAUGGGAAUAAUAUACAACCAAGGACUGACGUAGCAGGUGAGGUAUCAGCAUUCGAUGGAUAUGCUACUCAGAAGCAUGACUUAGCUAUUCUUCUUAAUUCAGACAGUUGCAGUAAUCAUGCUGUAUCUCAGUUGACAGAUAAGUUGAUUGACCACAGUACUUCUAGUACAGAGUCUAAUACAGUGCCACAAGUACCUCCAUGUGAUCUUUCCCACACAAGGUUUCAAAAGGUUGGAGCAUUAGAUGUGAAGUCUGCAGUAGCAUCUAAUGCUUUGGAUUCUGUUUCACCUCAGAGAUCAGAUGCUUCUACAUUACCUAAGGCUGCUCCUGAAAUUCUACAGUCAGCAUAUACCAACUCUUUCACAAAAAAUUCAGGCACUUCUUUUGCCACCGUGCACCCACUAAAUACAUGUGAUCAGGCUCAAUCCCAAAAUGCACAUCCUAAUCAUCUAGUUCCUCAGACUGUCGGUUCAGGUAACUGGAAUGUGCCUAAUGAUGCAAGGGGCAGAGAACAGUCAACACCUUAUUUGAAUUCGACUACAGUGCUUUCCAGUUUAAGUACCAGUGUUUCUACUUCAGUUAACUGCCAAAACACACUGCUAGUUUCAUCUGAUGUUUCCAAGCCAUUUUCAUCUUCACAAUUGAGCAAUAGCACAAGUGCAGUAACUUUUCAACCACCCAACAUGAGUUGGGGUGCUGGGACUCCAGAAGUUAACAACCAAAGUUGGCAAGUGGCCAAUCAAUUUCAAAAUUUUAGUAACGUGGCAGCUGCAGUUGGAAACUUCCUUUGUGGUUCAGGAAUACAAGGUGGCUUUGGAGCUGCAAAUAAUCUUGGUUGGGGAAUGAUGGCACAGGGGAACAUGAACAUGCCUUGGGUAGUACCACCAAAUGCAAAUUUUGCUUGGGGACAAGGUGUUUCAUUUCCGUCUCAAGGAAAUGCAUCUUCAAAUUUUGUUUGGGGAGCUCCACAAGUUAGCACCAUCCCAAAUGAUGGCUGCAGACCAGUGGCACAAGGAAAUGUUGCUUCAUAUCCAUUUUGGAAUGCCCCUUUGCCGGGGAAUACAAGCCAAAAUCCUGUUUUUAUGCCUGCACCUGUUGUAGGGAAUAUGAAUCAAAAUGCCUGGGGAAUUCCAAACCAGGUAAAUACAGGCGCAAUCAACACUCCAAGGAUUGGUCAUGAAAGCAAAACCUCAACUUGGGAUUCAACGAAAGAAAACCCAAGCAACUCAACCUUCCGCAACGACAAGUUUAGAGAAAGGAAUUUUGGCUCCAGAAAUGGUGAUUUUCGUGGCACUGGGUCUGGGUAUGGCUCCGGAAGGCAGUCCAGAAAUUGGAUGCCUUCCGGUAAUGCAGAGGGGCCAUCUAGACCUCAUCCAGAACACCGAAGAAUAUGCGAGUUCCAUGAAAAUGGCAACUGCAAAAAAGGUUCAUCAUGUAAUUAUAUCCAUUCAUGAUCAAUGAAGUGGUAAGUUUUGUAUAGUUUAAUUGAGUUUUCGCUAUUU